AUGUCCGCUGUUAUGAGCACUCUGUCCAUGAUCAGCGGGGGUAGACGUGCACAUCGGAAACUUGUUAGUCGCAAAUCUGGUCAGUUUUCUGAUGCCGGCGAGGAGCGUACCCGAAGCCAGCAUGACCUCAACAAGCAGCAACGAUCUGCCUCUCUGCAAGCUCUGGAAACAGGAGGGGUCGUUAACCUCGACAAUUUGGAGGCCAAGAUGGCCAACAUAGAGGUUUCACUAGGCGGGUCACGAAGACGCAGCGCAGGCGCACGCGACACGACGCGAGAAAUUGAAGUCCUACGAGGAGCCGUUGCCGAUAAAGACACAUUGAUACAUAAUCUCAAAAGGCAACUGAGUGCGUCACUCAGCGCAGCACGUUUGGCUGCCGAAGCAGUGUCAUCACGCCCCAGAAGAACUUCUGAAGAGAUUCCAGUGACGUUGUCACCGGACGAAAGACGAGCGUUAGAGGAACGGGCCGCUUCUGUUCGAGCCGAAUUGGAUACCAGACGAGCAAACAUUCAGGAACUGAGAAAACGGCUCGAGAGGACCCACGUCACUGAUAAUAUAGAUACACGCAUAGAACAAGCGGAAUUGCAAUAUCAAGUGGGUCGCGAGGAGCUGGAAUUAUUGACCCUGGGUGAACAGGCCCGCGCUCUCACACUCCUUAUGGAACAAGCAGAUAAUCACCGUCAAACAUUGUACAGUGCGUUGUGGGAUAUUGGUGGUAAUGCAGCGAUUGUGGCGACAGAGGCUCAAGAGGGGACGUGGGGUGCUUCACCGCGUGGAUCAGGAGUGGUGGUGGAAUGGACCAAUAACUCCUCUCUCAAACCGGGCGACAGAUUGGUGGAGGUAAACGGCACAAACGUCUUACAAUGCAAUCUGGAAGAAUUGCGUCAUGCAAGUGCAUCUUGCAGUCAAGCGCGACUUGUGGUCUUGCGCGGUCACAGUCAGUCCCCUCUUGCUCUGACACAGAAUGAAGCAGCCUCGUUACGAUCGGAGUUAGAAGCUCUCAAAAUGGCGGCCGACGAAUCGGAAAAGGCGAAGGAGGGCCUCCGAACCGACAACACACGUCUUACACAUCGAAUAUCCUACCUCGAGGAGCAAGUAGCCGAGUUGUUGGCAAGGCAUACACAGGCACCACCCUCAACGGGCAGCGAUAGUUGUAUCACAGUAAACAAGACGAAGAAGAACGUUACCAAUAUCAGCAUCACAUCUGAACCACUUACGAAUCAAAGUCCAAAAUCGGAAGUGCAAGUUUUUCAAAAGGGACCUGGCAUAACGGCCCUCGUCGCUAAACUGCCCGGGCUAGACAGUUCAGAGGGGAACUUGCCCGUCAUAAGACCGAGAUCCAACGCUUCCGGGGCCUCGUCGAGGGUCGCCGCGUCGCCCAGAGCGUCUCCUGCACCUAAUUAUAGGUCGCACAGCUCGCACAGCCUGGAACACCGAGCGGGCAGAAUGAGGCACUCGCUCUCGCACCAUUGCAUUCACGGAAGUGUGGACUACAACACGGAGACCGACGCCGCAAUUCGCAUGAUAGAACGCAACCAAAGACUAAUGGAAAAGCAACGCCUAAAAACGGAUAAGCUUCAUUGCCGGUCUAAAACAGAGGAGCACUUCAGAUCCGACAGCGACAUAGACCGGAGAUCCUCCGGCUCCUGCGACCCGAGGCAAGAGAUCAAGAAAGCGGCUGAACGAAUAGAAGAGAGUAUCAAGAAAACUAAUUGGGCCGAGCGUAAAACUCUAUCCAUAAUCGAACAGCUAAAACGGUCACAACGGUUGCGUAAACUUAAGAAAAACGACAGCUCCGAAGACAUUCGAACGGAAACACAAUAUACUCUGUAUAACAAAAUAGACGGAAAGAUUAUAGAAAACGCUCAUAAGUCUAGUCGACGAACGUCCAAACAAUACGCUGCGAGCGCCAAGUCAUCGGAAUUUGAAUCCGAAUCAGAUUUCCCUAACGACGUAUACAGCAGUUCGCCGAGAUUAGACUACGGAUCGGAGAACUGUUCUAGGUUAAGCCAUUACAAGAAGAACGAGGAAAGAAGGGACGACGCUAAGCGUCCGACGCCACCGCGCAAGCCUCUGAGGUUGUCACUGCAUAAAGCCAAAAGUGCUCAUUCUUUGAUGAACAGCAGCGAAACGGAGCAAAGUAGACCGCCGUCAGAGGCCCACGAGAUUAUGAAGAGGCCGGUAAAGAGGACGCACGGGGCCGAUAGAAGUAGAGAAAGAACACGAGACGGCGGAAGAGCAACACCGCGGCCUUCCAGGAAAGUCUUAAAUGGGUUCAGGGCCUGUGAAACACCGGCCGCCGACGACCUCUACCCGGAAAAUACCCACGCACCUUUGAGGUCGAACGGCACAGUGCGAUCCGGCAAGUGGUGCUAG